UGGAAUUUAUUUCAAUUCAUUUCAUUUAUAAUUUGAAUAGCUACAGUUCUAUUUAUAGAUGCUACGCGAUAUGGCUGACGUGUAACAUGUGGCUGUGAGCUGAGUUUGAAUAUGUGGCUGUAAAUCGUCUGUUAUGCAGCUCGUCAUUUACAACCUGUUUUGCACAUGGGUUGUUACUCCAAAGAAAGCCUCUACCCACCUUACCAUCUCUACAGCCUGCCUGUAUAUUCAAACCUAAUCCGUCCUCACCAUACAUCUCUCCGCAGCCAUUCAUGUCCACUACUUGCCGCGAGCGUCGCUGGUGAGGUCCUCUAUCAGCUCCAGCCGCUUUGAACCCUAGAAACGCUAGCCAUGGCGGAGCAUGACUUAACCUCUCGCAUUGCCCCUCACCUCGACCGCCAUCUCGUCUUCCCGCUCCUUGAGUUCCACCGAGAGCGGCAACUUUACGCCAAUGAAGAGAUCCUCAAAGCCAAGAUUGACCUUCUUAGCCAGACCAACAUGGUUGAUUACGCGAUGGACAUUCACAAGAUCCUUUACCACACCGAGGAAAUUCCGCAAGAGAUGAUGGAAAGGAGGACAGAAGUAGUCGGGAGAUUGAAAUCCUUAGAGGAGUCUGCGGCGCCGCUGAUUUCUUUCCUUCAGAACCCUGCGAACGCCCAGGAGUUGAGACUGGAGAAACUGUACAAUCUCCAGAUGCUCAAUGACCGCUUUCAGAUUGGUCAGGAGCAAAUUGAAGCUUUAUAUCAGUAUGCCAAGUUCCAAUUUGAUUGUGGAAACUACUCAGGCGCUGCAGACUACUUGUAUCACUAUCGAGAUUUGUGCACUAAUAGUGACAGAAGUUUGAGUGCUCUAUGGGGCAAGCUUGCGGCAGAAAUUUUGAUGCAGAACUGGGCCAUUGCUCUUGAAGAACUUAAUCGCUUGAAACAAAUAAUUGACUCAAAGAAUUUUGCGUCUCCUCUUUAUCAGCUACAAAAUAGAAUAUGGUUGAUGCAUUGGAGUCUUUUUAUCUUUUUCAACCACGAAAAUGGAAGAAAUGGAAUUAUCGAUCUCUUCUUCCAGGAUAGGUACUUAAAUGCUAUUCAGACAAAUGCAAACCAUCUCCUACGUUAUGUUGCAACUGCUGUCAUUGUUAGCAAAAGAAGAUGGAAUAUGAUUAAAGAGCUGAUCAAAGUUAUUCAACAGGAAAACCAUGUGUUUAAAGAUCCCAUUACAGAAUUCCUAGAAUGCUUAUAUAUAAACCACGACUUUGAAGGUGCACAACACAAGCUUCAGGAGUGUGAGCAUGUGAUUCUGAAUGUAUCUGGUCCUUCUCAAGGAUUUGAUCUCCUCACACCUCAUCCUGCCCGUCCAUAUCCACCGCAGCAAUUACGCUCUGGCAGCUUCUUACCCAGUAAGACUUAUCAUCCUUCCUUAGAUACUGCAACAGAAGAACAGCAAACGAAGGCAGGAGAUUCCAUAGGCUGCUUUGUAGAGAUAACUCCAAAUUUAUGCAUGGAUGAACCUAUGAAACAGGAACAAAUAGCAACCAUGGACCAUCUUUUGGAGGUUUCAAACGCAUUGCCACCUCCUCAUCUGCAACAAACCAAGGUAAAAUCUAUUUACAAUGACAAGGAGCACUUUUUGCCACCGAUACCCUCAACAGUACUAACAGGAUAUCCAAAUAUGAAUGCAAGCAUGGGCAUAGGUGGCUUGAAUCAAGGGGUAUAG